AUGAAGACCUUUUCCAUUGUCUCCGUCAUUAUCGCUGCGGCUGUCCGCUGCGUUGCUUCCCAGUCCACUGACGAUUUCGGUGAUGUCAAUCUCGCCGCUAACCCAGGUGGUAACGUUUACAAGGCUACGUUCCCCAAGAAGGCCUUCUUUCCGGGCCCGUUGAAGGGGGGCAAUGUCCAAGGCUCCAUCACGGCCAUGCCUGCUCCGGAUGGCAAGGGUGUCCAGUUUAAGGUCAAAUUCUCAAACGUUCCCAAGGAGGGCGGUCCUUUCUUGUACCACGUCCACAUCGAUGCUGUUCUCAAAGAUGGAAAUUGCAGCAAGACGCUCGGUCAUCUCGAUCCUAAAAAGCGCGGCGAGACGGCCAAAUGCGACCCAAAAAAGCCCGACUCUUGCCAAUUCGGUGACCUCUCCGGCAAGCACGACCCCGUCAAAGGUAACCUCGAGAAGACCUACGUCGACCAACAGUUGUCCGUCGUCGAAGGCUCCGACGGCUUCAUUGGCGGCCGCAGCAUAGUAUUCCACUUUGCCAACAAGACCCGUAUCACCUGUGCCAACUUCAAGCCCGUUACCAAGACAAACACGCACAAUACCUGCAACAUCACUGAGCGGUCUAUCAGUGAAACCGGCACCGGCACCAUCCCCAAAGUUACCCCCUUGCCGACCAACUCCUCCGUACCGAACAACUCCACCGUGCCGAACAACUCCACCGCGCCGAUCCGCGGUGACGCCUCGACCACCAGAGGCGGCUCCAUUUCCCUCAUGAUUGCUGGUUUCGCCACUGUCCUGUUCGCCUUAUGA